AUGACGCUGCUCAGUGUCUUGUACGUUCUUCUGGCCGAGCUGAGCCAGGCAGGGAAGCCAACCCGAGCCGGUCCAGACGCCUCCUUGAUGCUGUUGUCAGAACAACGGCCAGACACGCAGGCUCUCUUCACUAGGAUCCAGAGCCGCGGGGGUGACCCACACGUAGCUCGACGGCUACCCCCCCGGGGUCAAGCUGACGGCACUGGGCUGAGCCGACGGAUGCAGAGCAUGGAAGGGAAAGGGGCGACAGCAUGGGGCGUCCUCGGGAGAAAUGGCGAACGGGCCAGCCCGACUGAAAUUAAAGGACCAGUGGGAGCCUCGCGGGGGUGUUUCUGGCAGUUUAUCUCGGGCUGGUUUCUCACGCGGCAGAAGCUGACUGCUCCACGCUGCACGGAACGGCACGACCGCGGCGUCCGGGAGGGAGGCCACGUCACCGUCCCGACCGUACAGGCAGCUUUCUGGCACUGGUACCGGUUACGUCACCACAGCGACAGGUGCAAAGACGGAGGGGGGGAGACACGGCAGCCAGAAGCCGGUAUGUCGGCUGUGAGCCAGGGUCCGUCCAGCACCGCGCGAGCCACUGCUGCCUCCCUGGCUGGACGGGCACGUUGCUUUGGGCACUGCCUGAACCAGCGCACCAUCGACGGGGGCCUCACAAUAGUCUCUUUAUAAAAAUUUUUUUAAAAAAGAGGUUUUAUUUUAGUAGCGGUUGGCGAGUAAUCACAGAUCUUUUCCCUGACCGCGUCCCUAGCAGAGGAACACGGAUCCGUGUGGGUUUUUAAGGCCUGGAGACAUCGCGAAUCGUUUCCGAGGCAGAAAGAAAGUGUGAAUAAACAGACGCCGGAGCGGAGCGCCGGGCCGGGGGGUCUGGCCUGGAGGUGGCAGCGUCCUUUCAACGGUCACCCUGUGCGAGAAACGAAAGCGG